AUGUCCAAUCGCUACUCCGUGUUCUCUACCCAGUCGGGGGGGUUUCCGACAGCUUCUCGGCCAGUCUCUCAACAUGCCUCUCAAGUCUCAACCACCACCUUGCUCAAUGCUCUACACUCUUUCUAUACCGCCGGCCAACCGUAUCAAUUAGAUGCCAGUACUAGCUUGGUUGUCAACACAUGGGUGACAGCGGCCACCAUCUUACCGGAUGGUCGUAGUGGAGCCGCAAUUGAUCGAGAUUUGGCAGUUCGGGCCUGGGAACAUGCCCGCAGACGAGCUGAGGAUGGUUGCAUCCUUCUCUGCUCACUUCACCAAUCUACCCCAUCAUUGCUCGAACCUUUUCUGGCAUCGUUGCCAGUUUCUACCCCGGAUAUUGGAUAUACAGCGCUGGCCACUUUGCGACCAUUCCUUUCAGCUGCGACCUCGUUUAAUCCGUCUUACUCUCUUCAUUCGGCCUUAUCUGCUUCUUAUACAUUGACCUUGGGAGGUACAGUGGUUGGCCUGUCUUUGGCUCUGUCGACAUCAGGUCUCAAUGUGGCCAAGGGUCUUCUGGACGUACCAGCAGAGUCCGGCUACCGUGCCUUUGACGUAUUUUACUACCUCUUGACUUCUGCCUCCACUCCGGCCGAGCGGGAGUUCCUGGACCUCAAGGAGCCUGCAGCAUAUGCUCUGCUGAAUCGAUCUGGCACAUACAACCCUCCGUCAUAUCUACCAACUGCAGACGAUACGGCAGCAGCGGAAGAUCUUCGUAUGAAUCUAAAGGCCAUCGGUAUCAAGGGUGCCACCCAAAGGCAUCUGCUCUCCGUUCUGGCCGGUCUGCUCAAACUCGGCAAUGCCGCAGGUCUCAUGGUAGAUCAGGAAGAGUUGGAGGAAACCUGUGAGGAAGUGGGUGGUCUUCUGGGAGUCGACCCAGAGGUUCUUCUACACCAAUGCUCCACCGAUGAACGUGAGAUUCUGAUCGCCGCUAUCUACGAAGCUCUCGUGGACUGGAUAAUUGAGAAAGCGAACGUAGCCAUCUCAGCCGACAUCCAGAACAUGCUUGAAAAUGACUCUAGCGUCGGUGGUCCCAGUGCUGCACACUUGGCCAACGAAGACACCGUUAGCCUGACUGUGAUUGAUGUUCCACGCCCAGCCCUUGGAAAGGCUGUCGCCAUGAGAGGUGUAUUUGAUGACGACCUAGGUAUCAACGCUGAAAUGAAAGACGACGGGAUUCCUAUUCCGGCCAUUGGCCAAUCCGUCUUGACUGAAAUGAACUCUGCCGUGUCACAAGUCGAGGCAGAUCUCGGAAUGACAGGGACUUCCGCCACCCGUGAACGUGAACACGACCUUGAUAGGCGACAAGGCCUUCUGGAGAAAGUUGGAGUCGAGUUCGAAGCCGGCUCGUUCUUGCAAAAGUUGCUCUUUCCGGUUGACGGCGAAGGCAUCUCUUUGGGAAAACGCGGUCGCUUCGAUCUCGCAACCACUCUUCUGAGCAGUCGUGUCUGGUAUCAUCUCUCUAUUCACCCUACCGACGAUCUACCCGAACAGCUGAACGCCUCAAACCCCGCGUGGUCAGCCGGUACAGUGUCUCGGCAGCUCCGAGAUUGGCGACUGCCAGAGUGGGCAAACCGUCGCCUCAAACAGCUCGAUUUCACCGCGGAUUUCGAUGUGGAGGAGUUUGUUCAACGAUACGCCCGGUUGGGAUGCUCUGAAGGCCAGGACGGCGUUGAGAGCUGGAUUCUUGAGAGAGGUUGGAGCAAUGGCGAUGCGGUCGUCGGUCACCAGCGCAUCUGGAUGCGAGAAGGCGCGUGGCGAGAAGCUGAAACUAUGCUUGAUCUCAAGCCAGAUGAAAGCCCCAUGAAUCCGUUUGGAUACGGCGCUGCACUCUACGAGCCAGGCAUUACACCCGAUGGAAAUCCGGUCGGGGAGUCAUCCAACUUGUUGGCAGGUCAGCAUGAUUAUAUCCUGAAUCAGUCUGCCAUGGUACCCCCAAGCGUCAUGGGAGGUGCUAAGUCAAUUGCUUACACCCAGACUGGUGCCGCCGGUGACUAUGGUCUUGGUCACAAGGGUGACGAUAACAAGGGAGAUGUCACCUAUUACGAUGACUAUGGUCGUUACAUCGGUGAUCUCGACCCUGAAUUUGGAGACCCCCAGCACAUUGAGAAGAAGACCAUCCCACUCAGCCGUCGACUGUGGGCAGGAUUUGUAUGGGCGCUCACUUUCUGGAUCCCAUCAUUCGUGCUUCGAUACGUUGGUCGCAUGAAGCGCCCGGAUGUUCGAAUGGCAUGGAGAGAAAAGGUUGUUUUGGUUUUCCUCAUCCUGUUGUUCAAUGGUAUUGUCUGUUUCUACAUUAUCGCCUUCGGCGAUCUUCUUUGUCCCAAUAAAGACAAAGUGUGGAAUACUAAGGAAGUCAGCUGGAAGACUGGAGACGACGAUUUCUAUGUCAGCAUCCAUGGCAGUGUCUACGAUAUCAGCAAGUUCUGGCGCAAGCAGCACAGUGACGAUGGCACCGACACGACUUCCACAAACAUGAAAGUUUUCGCCGGCGAGAAUUUGGAUGCUUAUUUCCCCCCGCCACUCACCCAAUUCUGCAAUCCCUUUGUGACAGACUCGACACUUGCGCUAUCGAACAACGACACCAGUGCACUUUUGUACACGGAUGCCGACCACGACUGUGGCCCCAUCAACUACCCGUCAAACACCACCGCACUCCACAAGAUCACCUGGUAUGAGGAUGUCUUUUUGCCUAAGAUCAACGAUUACUACAAGGGUGAACUAGUCUGGACCAAGGCUACCAUCGAGAAGCAAGCCAACGAUUAUUCGCGUUAUUGGGUUAUCGUUAAUUCAAAAGUCUACGACCUGACGAAUUACUUCUACACCAUCAGUUUGUAUUCGACCGAUACAACUUAUGAAUUCCUGCCAGAUGCCAUGACUACACUGUUCAAAAACAACGCCGGAACUGACGUGACUGAUCAGUGGGGAACAUCUACCGAGUGGCAAGAAGCCACCAGGUGCCUGGAUUAUGUCUUCUACCAAGGCAAAGUGGACUUCCGAGAGGAUGCCCGCUGUACCGUGAACAACUGGAUCCUUCUUACUUUCACUAUUCUGAUCUGUAUGGUUAUUGGUGUCAAGUUCUUGGCUGCCCUGCAGCUGGGCACCAAGCGCCGACCAGCACCUCAAGAUAAAUUCGUGAUUUGCAUGGUGCCCGCCUAUACCGAGGGUGAAGACUCUCUACGAAAGAGUCUGGAUUCACUCACCGCCUUGCAGUAUGACAACAAAAGAAAGCUCAUAUUUGUGAUCUGUGAUGGUAUGAUUGUCGGUGGAGGUAACGAUCGACCAACACCUAAGAUUGUUCUUGAUAUCCUUGGCGUGGAUCCGAAACUGGACCCACCAGCUCUACCGUUCAGAUCUGUCGGUCAAGGUAGUGAGCAGUUGAACUAUGCCAAGGUCUACUCCGGUCUGUACGAGUUUGAAGGCAAUGUUGUUCCCUACAUCGUCGUGGUCAAGGUUGGCAAGGAGUCUGAGCAAACAAAGACCAAGCCUGGUAACCGAGGUAAACGAGAUACGCAGGUCAUGCUGAUGCGCUUCUUGAACCGUGUCCACCACCGCGCUCCAAUGUCCCCUAUGGAACUUGAAUGUUUCCACCAGAUCAAUAAUAUCAUUGGUGUGGAUCCGGAGCUGUAUGAGUACUGCUUUAUGAUUGAUGCUGAUACCAGCGUCAAAGAGGAUUCAUUGAAUCGCUUAGUGGCUGCCUGUGCCUCAGAUGCUAAGAUUGCUGGCAUCUGUGGUGAGACUAGCUUGCAAAACGAAGAGCGCUCCUGGUGGACAAUGAUUCAAGUCUACGAAUACUACAUUGCGCACCAUCUCUCCAAGUCCUUCGAAUCAUUGUUUGGCAGUGUUACUUGUCUUCCUGGAUGUUUCACCAUGUAUCGUCUUCGAACCGCAGACAAGGGUCGCCCUCUGAUUAUUUCCGACAUAGUUAUCAAAGAGUACGCUGACAUCGACAUUGAUACACUGCACAAGAAGAACCUACUCUCUCUGGGUGAAGAUCGAUUCUUGACGACCAUCAUGACCAAGCACUUCCCAACAAUGAGUUACAAAUUCCUUCCCGGCGCGCACGCAAGUACGGCCGCUCCGGAGACCUGGGGUGUGCUUAUCUCGCAGCGACGUCGUUGGAUCAAUUCCACUAUUCACAACCUGGUGGAACUGGUUGCUCUUAAAGAUCUGUGCGGUUUCUGCUGUUUCAGCAUGCGUUUUGUCGUUCUGGUGGAUCUGGUCGGAACACUCAUCCUACCUGCUACAUGUGUCUACCUUGUCUAUCUGUUUUACCGGAUCGGCAGUGACACUGGUCCUUUCCCGUUGAUCUCGAUUAUCAUGUUGGCCGCUAUGUACGGUCUUCAAUGUAUCAUUUUCAUUGUCAAGCGCCAGUGGCAACACAUUGGAUGGAUGAUCAUCUAUCUUCUCGCAUUCCCGGUUUUCAAUUUCAUCUUGCCCCUCUACUCAUUCUGGAAGCAGGAUGAUUUCACUUGGGGUAGCACUCGUGUCGUCAUUGGUGAGAAAGGUUCCAAGCGGGUCAUUGCUGUGGAAGAUGAAACAUUUGAUCCUCGCAGUAUUCCCCUGCAACGUUGGGAUGAUUACGCUUUCGCCAAUCAUCUUCCUGGUCGCCGUGCUGGAGAUCUUGGCUCUGAGAAGAUCUACUCUGCUGGUCCAUAUGCCGAUGAAUUGGAGAUGGAUGAGAUGCACUCUCAGUACUCAUCCGUGAAGCCCGCCUCUACAAUUCUCACUGGUUUCCCGGGUCAUGGCCGCCACGCUAGCCCAUACAUGCCUCCUCAGUCACCGGCUCCGUAUGCCGGUGCUAACGUGCCUGGCAACCGCAAUUCGCACAUGUCUAGUCUCACACGCUACACUGAUUACCCUCAACUAGGCGGCCACCCGGCGGCUGCAUCUCGUCACAUGUCCAUCGGUAAUCUCAGUGCCUACCAGGAUAACCCUGGACACGCCAGUCGUCACAGUGUUGCCUUCAUGCAGAGCAGCGACAACCUGGCACGUUCACGUAGCCCCAUGGGCCAGUUCCCCCCACGUCCAGCCAGUACCGCCUUCGAUUUCCGUAGCGCCUCCGCUGGUCCUGAUGAUCAGGCCAUCACUGAAGCUAUCCGCGGAUGCCUCGCCGAGGUGGAUCUCGACACCGUCACCAAGAAGCAGGUCCGCGUUUUUGUUGAACAACGCCUCCAAACCUCGCUCACCGGCGAGAAGCGUGCGUUCCUGGAUCAACAGAUCGAUCACGAACUUGCCAACAUGUGA